AUUGAUAACACUGCAGUGGAAAAGCUGCACUACGUUACUGAGCUCGCGGAGCAGAUCAAGAUCCGAUCGACAGCAGCAGAUGAUGAGGAGGAAGAAGAGGAUUGUAAGUUUGUGCAGUUUUUCCCAUCAUUCACCUGGAUCGUGAGAGAUUUCACCUUGGAAUUGGAAAUUGAAGGAAAAAGAGUGACUGAGGACGAGUACCUUGAAUUUGCCCUCCAGCUCAAGAAAGGUGUGAGCAAGAAAGUCAGUGACUACAACCUGCCUCGUCAGUGCAUCCGAAACUAUUUCCCGUCCCCCAGGAAGUGUUUCGUGUUUCCUUCUCCAGCCUCACCUCAAAACAUGACACGCUUAGAAAGCUUGCAAGAACGGGACCUUGUACCUGAUUUUGUGAAGGUCACGGGACAUUUUUGUGACCAUAUCUUUCACAAUAGUGUCGUGAAAACCGUGAAAGGAGGCCACAGAGUUACUGGCAAAUUGCUUGGACAUCUGGUUGAGAUUUAUGUAGACACAAUCAAAAGUGGUAAGGUGCCCUGUCUGGACAAUGCAGUUGUUGCUCUAGCAAAUCUAGAGAACCAGACAGCUGUUCAAGAAGCUUUAAAAGCAUAUCAGAUUGGGAUGGAAAAGGUAUGACACAUUAUCUAUAUCGAUAUAUAUACAGAUCACUUGGGCAGGCAUUAGUUUUAGAGCAUCAUCCGUUAACCAUUUAAUAUGAUAAUAUUCAGCAUGAAAACAGAAAAAAGUCGGCACACCUAGGCUCCAAAAAUGUAAUAACAGACUAUCACAUAGGUGACAUUUCGAGCAUGCAGGCUCUUCAUCAGACUGAUCAGCCUGCGUGCUUGAAGCGUCACCUGUGUGAUAGUUACAUUUUUGUA